UUGGGACAUCGAUAUUCUUCCGUUUCUUCAGUUUCCUUUUCAAUUUGACUUUACUUGCACUGAAAAUCGGGGCAUUAAGGGAGCUCUGCUCUCUCAACCACCGUUCAUUCUCUUUCCCGUUCUCAUCUGAUUCUUUCUCUUUCCCACCUUGGUCCAUCUCCAGCUCUUCACUUCGCUCCUCCUCUUCCCCCGGAUGCCUGCACCAAUUCAACCGGCACCUAGAAACACCUGCGAUUUCUGUGGCAUAUGGCUUUUCUUCCGGAGUCCACAAUUAAACCCGUCUUAUUUCUCCAAUUUAGGGAACCGUCAUCCAGCAUAUUUCAUAACUUCAUCUCCAAUUAAGGGAACCAUCAUCCAGCAUAUUUCAUAGCUUCAUCUACUUUCAGCAUUCUCAAGGUUAAUUCAUUCAUUCCAAUCCUUUAUUGGAACUUAGUUUUGUUGCAAUUGACUAUUGAGCUAAUUUUUAUUCAAUAUCACAACAUCUCAAAUAUAUGAUGAUCUUCAGCAAAUUCAACCAAACAAUGAUUAAGCAAAUUCAACCAAACACUUUGUUGUGGCAGAGUAUUUUCAGCCACAGGUAAAUCGGUAGAAAUACUUGAGGGAUUUAACAAAAUUAAUGCCUUAGCAGAUUGAGGUUUUAUUCCAGGAAUGUCAAAGGAACAUGAUGUUAUAAUAGGGCUAGAUAGAAUUGAGUUUAAUCCACCUUCAUCAAGAUAGAAAUUCAUGGUCUUUCAUGCCCUCAGAAUUCAAGACAAGGCAACUGGAUCGAGUUUAAGUAGAAUGCAACUGGAUGGAUUUACGCCAAGUCAUUUCGCUACUUCAACAAAACUUGAACAAGAGGAGAAGAAGAAAAGGACACAAUUUGAAUACGAAGCAUUUGAAAAUGAAAUAUCAGAUCAUAUCAAUUUCAGGAAUUGGCUUUCCCAUUGUAAGUUCAUCAUCCCCCACAAUAGCAGAGAAGGAUAUUUUCCAACCUAUCGCAGUUACACAAGGGGAAGGAAACAAUAUACAGAAAACAAACAAAGAAGUUACAUGCAGAAAUGAUGGAUUGGCGAUGGCGAAAGGUAGCUGAGUAAUUGAUGCAGAUAUUGUUGGUUUCACCUGCAAUUGUGACACUAAUCACAGGCUAUGCGUGUGGGCUCAUUCCAGAUGAUGAUCUUCAUUUAUGGAGGUGUCAUUAUGGUGCUCACAUCUCUCAUAACCACUCUAAACUGCUCAUUUUCAACAGUCACCAUCUCAAUUGACUUGAUCCGAUUGAACCUGAAAAGCAUCCCAUUCCAGUACCACUAUAGGUUCCUGCUAAUUCUUCUAGCACUUCUAAAGUUCUCAAAACAAACCUCCAAGAAGUGAAAUAACAGAAGCAAUGAUUUAUUAGGGGAAAGAAAGAUUAUGUCUGGCUUGAUCCGAUUCAACCUGAAAAGCAUCCCAUGCCAGUACCACUAUAGGUUGCUGCAAAUUCUUCUAGCACUUCUAAAAACAAACCUCCAAGAAGUGAAAUAGCAGAAGCAAUGAUUUAUUAGGGGAAAGAAAGAUUAUGUCUGGCUGACCUCUCUCUGAAUGGCAUUUGUUAAAAAUAAUAGUAUGCACAUAAAGAGUAGGUGUUAUUUUUUACUUCAAUAGUCUGCAUGUGUUGUAAUGUUGUAUUAGGCUUCACUAUUCCUGGGGCAAUGAUGAAUGAAUGAAUGAAUGUGUUGUAAUGUUAUACGCCAGUAGCGAUUGUCUUUACCCAAUCAAUUUUGUUCGCGUUUACUCAAUCGGUAAACACAUCUUUGCCUUCAAGAAUCGAAAUUGAGUUUGGGUAUCUUUUCUUCAAUCGUAUAAGGGGUUCCCGUGUUUAACGCUCUUCUCAUUGCAAUCUCAUAUUCCAUAACAACACCCUUAUCCAAAUUCCAGAUUUUUCUUUUUAAUGCCCAACUCACGGCUCUUAAGAACCCUCAACCUGGAUUUCUC